AUGGCGCCCAACGACAACCUCAUCUGGAAGCAAGGCGACGAGGAAAACAAUCCUCGUGUGUCCAGGAGAGACCAUGCCGAUUUUGCGGAAAAGGCUGUGGAAGAGCGAGCCAAGUCCCUAAGGCGGUCAACCAGCCGCCGUCGGUCCAUUGACCCGUCUACCGCUCUUCCCAUUCAAUAUCGCAGCCUCUCCCAGGAUAUCGACGAAGCCGAGCGGCAGAGACAGAUUGGUGCUGCAAAAUCCAAAGACGCCGUGGUUCUCAAGUUUGAGGCCAUUGAGUGGCAUAAACAAUCCAUUCAGGAUGUGCAGAAGAAACUCGCUGUUCAAUCCGAGAGGGGACUCUCCUCAUCCGAGGUAGAAAAGCGCCAAAAGGAGCACGGGAAGAACAAGAUCUCUCCGUUACCAAAUCCGUGGUUCUGGAAGAUCAUGGGCUACUUCUUCAAGGGCUUCGGUUCCAUCCUCUGCAUCGGUGGCAUCCUUGUGUUCAUCUCGUGGAAGCCUCUGGGUGAUCCACCUGCCGUCGCCAAUCUCGCCCUCGGUAUUGUCCUCAUCGCCGUGUUCGUCAUCCAGGCCGCCUUCAAUGGCUGGCAGGACUUUUCAUCAUCUCGCGUGAUGCAAUCUAUCACAGCAAUGCUUCCGGAGUCCUGCCACAUUUUGCGUGACGGUCAGCGUGUUGAAGUCAGCGCCAUGGAUCUCGUGCCCGGAGACAUCAUUCUGCUCAAGGCUGGUAACCGCAUCCCCGCUGAUGUCCGGUAUCUGGAGGUUUCCCAUGAGAUGACCGUCGACCGUGCCGUUUUGACUGGCGAGUCCAAGCCAGUCAAGGCCACAGUCGAGUCUACUGACGACAACUAUCUCGAGACGCAUUGCAUUGGUCUCCAGGGAACGCACUGUGUGUCCGGUACCGCCACUGGUAUUGUUGUCGCGACUGGUGACUCGACCGUCUUUGGACAGAUCGCCAAGCUGACUGGCGAGCCCAAGAGUGGUCUCACCACCAUCGAGAAGGAGAUCUUCCGCUUCGUCUUGUUGAUCUUUCUAAUCAUGAUCUCAUGGAUCGUCAUUCUUGCUGCUGUUUGGGGAGGAUGGCUGCGAAAGGCCCAUCCCGACUGGAUCAAUGUACCCACUCUCAUUGUGUCUUGUGUCAGCGUUGCCAUCGCCUACAUCCCCGAAGGUCUUCCCAUCGCGACGACAGCCAGUCUGACCAUCACGGCCAACAUUAUGAAGAAGAACAAGAUUCUUUGCAAGUCUCUCAAGACUGUGGAGACUCUGGGAGCUGUCACAGUCAUUUGCUCAGACAAGACCGGGACGUUGACGAGGAACAAGAUGUUUGUCAACGACUGUUCCUUCGGUACCACGACCUACUCCACGGAUUCGGUGCGAGAGGAUAUGAACAAGACGGCCGAGUCUCCCAUUCACCAGCUCCGUGCAGCUGCAGGCCUGUGCAAUGCCGCCGACUUUGAUGCCGAGACCUUAUCCCAGCCACUUGCCGACAGGAGAAUAUUUGGCGAUGCCACGGACCAGGCCGCACUCAGGUUCUCGGAGACGUUAGGACCUGUCACGGCCCUACGACAGGCCUGGAGGCAAGUCUUUGAGCUCGCCUUUGACAGCAAGAACAAGUUUAUGGCCAAGGCCUUCACCAUGGGCCAAUCACGGAACCAGUUUUCCAUUUGCAUGUCUGCUCCCGAGGCCAAGUCUUUCAAGGCCGACAGUGUUCUACUGAUGGUCAAAGGUGCACCUGACAUUUUGUUGGACCGGUGUUCUGACAUCGUCGACAACAAUGGCAGCCCUGUCGCGUUGACGGAGCAAACUCGCGCCGCGGUCAUGCAGCUCAAGAACAAAUGGUCUUCCGACGGCAGACGUGUGAUUCUGGUUGCCCGCAAGGUCCUCGACGCCAGCAUCAUCCGAAAUGAUACUCUUUCUUCUGAUCUCGAGUCACGCAUGAUGACCCAGACGAACAGCGGCCUCACUCUGAUUGGUCUCCUCGCCCUGAUCGACCCUCCCCGUCCUGAAAUCCCCGGUGUCAUUGCCACCCUCCGUGGUGCUGGCAUUCGCACAUUCAUGGUCACCGGCGAUUUCGGCCUCACGGCACUGGCCAUCUCCCGCGAGUGCGGCAUGGUCGUCUCGCGCACCGUCCACGACAGCUCCGCCCUGAUCCGUUUCCCCAAGUCCAGCGACAGCGAGAAGGCCGUGCUCAGCUCGCCGCCCGACGCCGCGCUCGUGCUCACCGGCUCCGACCUCAUGACGCUCAACGACUACCAGUGGGACCAGGUCUGCGCGUACCGAGAGAUCGUCUUCUCCCGCACCACGCCGGACCAGAAGCUGCGCAUCGUGCGCGAGUUCCAGGCCCGCGAGCAGUGCGUCGGCAUGACCGGCGACGGGGUCAACGACGCCCCCGCGCUCAAGGCCGCCGACAUUGGCAUCUCGCUCGCCAGCGGGUCCGACAUCGCCAUCGAGGCGGCCGACAUGGUCCUCCUCGAGUCGUUCGGCGCCAUCGUCGAGGCUGUCAAGUACGGCCGUGUGGUCUUUGACAACAUGAAGAAGAUCAUUGCUUACCUCCUUCCGGCUGGGUCCUGGUCCGAGUUCUGGCCAGUCUUUACGAACGUCAUAUUUGGACUGCCCCAGAUUCUGUCCUCAUUCUUGAUGAUCAUUAUCUGCUGUUUCACCGACUGUAUCGGCGCCAUUGUCUUGGCCUACGAAGUUCCCGAGGCUGACGUGCUUCUCCGGCCCCCGCGUAACCCCAAGACCACUCGUCUCGUCAACUGGAAGCUCAUCUUCCAGGCAUACGCUGUGGUUGGUAUGAUUGAGACAACUCUAUCCUUCACAAUGGCAUAUUGGUACCUUGAGCGCCAGGGCAUCCACUUUAGCGACAUUUGGUUCAGGUUCGGCGAGGUACCUUCGUACGUGACGAAGGACGACUACGACGCUAAAAUCAACGAAGCUUCGUCGAUCUAUUUCAUCAAUCUCGUCGUCAUGCAAUGGUUCAACCUCAUGGCAGUCCGCACCCGCCACCUGUCCAUCUUCCAGCACCCGCCGGCAUUCAAUAAGGAGACGCAAAACCUGCUCCUCUUCCCCGCGAUUGCGCUCACUCUUGGCAUCGCUGUCAUCUGGCUCUAUAUUCCCCAGCUCCAGGUCGUGCUCGACACCUCGGGUGUCCCGGCCUACCACUACUUCCUGCCUGCCGCUAUGGGGCUGGGUCUCCUCAUGCUCGACGAGGCCCGCAAGGCUUGUGUCCGUCGCUACCCUAACGGCAUUCUGGCCAAGAUGGCCUGGUAA